UACAAACUCAUUUGAAGGGCAAACCUGUUAUUAUAGUGUAAAAGAGAUAGCUAAUUCAACUGCUCGCUUUUCUACAGAAGCUCGCUGAUAUUUUCUAGCUGCUGGUUUUCUCAGUUAUAUUGCAGAAGGUUAUUUUCGUUCUUGAGGUAAUCUCGGUAAUGGGGAAGGACUCAAAGCCAAAGCCUGCAGGAGGUAAGGGCAAAGGAAAGGCAGCAGGAGGUGCAAGUGAUGAGAAUGCUUCAAAGGGUAAGGGUAAAGCUGGAAAAGCUGAUGGACUUGGCACCUGUACAUAUGUUAAAGCUAGGCAUAUUUUAUGUGAGAAGCAAGGUAAGAUCAAUGAAGCAUACCAGAAACUGCAAGAUGGUUGGCUUAACAAUGGAGACAAAGUUCCACCAGCUGAGUUUGCAAAGCUAGCUGCUGAAUAUUCAGAAUGUCCUUCUGGAAAGAAGGGUGGAGACCUUGGAUGGUUUCCACGGGGCAAGAUGGCUGGACCAUUUCAGGAAGUUGCCUUCAACACCCCUAUUGGAGCUACCAGUGCACCAUUCAAAUCAACUCAUGGUUAUCACGUAAUCUUAUGUGAAGGGAGGAAGAAUUGAUAAAAUGCAGCAUUUGAAGGGAGGGGCUAAACAUAUGGCGCGAGAGAUGGGUAUUGACAUUUUGUACAUUGGAUAUCGAAGCGUGGUUCAUCAAUGUUGUGGUGCUUGAAUAUCUGAAUGUUGAAUACUGUUCUUUCCUUAGUAUUUUCUCCUUUGAUCCAUUUAUAAUAACGAGGACAUAUUUAAGAGGCAGAAAAACUCUGUAGGUCAGAUGAAAUGAAGGUUAUGUUGAGUAGGAUGUGCUGGAAUGACCACUUUAUAAUGUUUGAACCGUAAAUAUCCAGUUAACUGUCGUGUUGACACUUGACUUAUCA